AUGGAAGGACCGGUGGAUAUAAGAGAAACGAUUCAGCGCGAACUUGAGAAGGAGAUGAUACGCGUGAAGAUAAUAGCGGAGGAAGUGGAGCGUUUUCACGUUUUGGAAGCAGAAGUGAGGAGAGAAUUGAUGAUUGGACGAGAGAUGAUGGCAAUGAAGCGCCGCAGUGGAUAUCCAUCGUCGUUUAUGCUAAGGUCUCAGCCUGGUGAAGUUAAGGAGAUCACCACCUCACUCCCAAAAGUUGCUAAGCCUACCCUGUAUGGAGCCGAACAGAAACCACCACCAGCAACACCACCCCCACCGCCGCCAUCACCACCACCACCACCAGCAGGUUCAACUGAGCUUACAGAGAAGAAAAUGGAGUGGAGGUGUGAGAUAUGCAAUGUUAGAGCAACAUGUGAGCGUGGUUUAUUGGAACAUUUUGCAGGAAAGAAACACAAGGUGAAAGUGGCAACUCUAAGUGUCCAGAAUUCUGUUAAGACACAAGAUUUAGUGAUUAAGAAGUCAUCCAAAUGGAGAUGUGCAAUCUGUGAUGUUAGUACAACAUGUGAACGUGGUUUACAUGAUCAUCUCGCAGGAAAAAAACACAGGGCCAAAGCUGUGGUUGAAGGUCUGAAAGCUAACAAAACUUUCAAGAUACAAGUUUUAGUGAUUAAGAACUCACCUGAAUGUGUUCCAAAGGAAGAUAACAAGAAAUCUCCACCACCAUCAAGAGAGAUUUCGAAGAAGAAAAUGGAGUGGAAACAAGUCUUUAAAAUGGUGUAG